AUGCAGAGAAGUGACGGCCAGGCCUUGACAGGACAAAUUCUUGAAAAUGGAUCGGCUUUUCAUGCUCUCCAAAUUGCUGUACAGGAUGAGCUAUCUCGGGCGCGUGUUGCAGAAGAAAGAGAUCUUGUGCGCAAGAGGACGGCAGAAGAGCAUAGGUUGGACGAUGAAGAGAAGGAGGCCAAUCAAGAAGAAAGGCGAGCAGCGGCGGAGGCUUCCAGGGUGGCGAAAAAGGUGCAUGAGGAUGACCAAAAACGGGCGCGUCGAGUGGAAAUAGGGGCAAAGAAAUCGGGCGCUCAAGCUAAACGAGUACAGCGGAACCGACAACAGGUGGCCAAGGCCAUAUGUGACUGUCAGAAUCACACGGAUUUUGAUGGGAUUUGGGAUCAACUGGCUAGGGGUGGGGAAUGA